AUGAUUAUUUCUGCCUGCAAAGAUGGUAAACCUAUGUUACGAGACUGGAUGGGUGAUUGGGUUGGAACUUUUCUGGGUAAGCAGAUCACACUUUUUCUCAACCCUUUCAAACGAUUCCCUCGCCAUAAGGAUGCCGUUUGGUCUGCUAAAUCAAAUCAUGAUGCCAGUUUGGCAGUCACGGGUUCAGCUGACCUUUCUGCCAAGGUGUGGGAUACGUUCAGACCAGCGGGGAUGUAG